AUGUCCACCAUUACGAAGCGAGAGAAUAGUUUUGUGGUAGGCUCCCUUUUGGGUCAAAAGAGACAGAGUUUAGCUGGUGAAGGGAGUAGCUCCGGGUUGUCGCAUAAAUUUGUGCAGAGGAUUGAGACCCAACCACAAGUAGCCCCCAAAGUAGGUGUGGAAGGCCAAACUCCAUUCUGCAGUAGAUGUAACAGAGCCCACAAGGGUGAGUACCCUCAAAGUGGGACUCAGUGUUUCAAUUGUGGCCAAUUGGGGCACUUUGCUUGCGAGUGUCCUAACCCAGUUCAAGGAAGCCAUAGAGGUCGACCUGGUGGUAGGAAUAUUCAAAGGCAAGUGGUGCAAGCCCGAGUUUGUGCUAUUACUCCUGGAGAAGUUGACGACGAGGCAUCAGAUACACAGGAUGCUGGAGUGAUUACAGGUAGAGUUCAUUUGUAUGAUUUUUAUACCUGCACUUUGUUUGAUUCGGGUGCGUCUCAGUCUUUUGUGUUAACCACUUUUGCACGGAUGUGCAAUCUAGUCAUGGAGGCCUUAUCACAAUCUUUGGUAGUGACUCUCCCUAACGGUGAUAUUGUGUGGUGCUCUAAAAUUGCUUUAGGUUGUUUUUUGAAUUUUGGUGAGAGGACUCUUGAGUUGUGUCUAAGCCAUGAGAAGAAGUUUUUAGUGAAUAUUCCAAUUGUGGAAGAAUUUUCUGAUGUGUUCGUGGAUGAUUUGCUCGAGUUACCUCUAGUUCGUGAGUUGGAGUUCACCAUUGAUUUGGAACCUGGAGCGACUCCUGUGCACCCUACCAAUGAUGGUACUCUCAGAAUGUGUAUCGACUACCGAGAACUCAAUAAGGUGACUAUCAAGAAUAAGUACCCUCUCUCUCGGAUCGAUGAUUUAUUUGAUCAACUUCAAGAAGUAGCUGUUUUCUCGAAGAUUAACUUGAGAUCGGGGUAUUAUCAUUUGAGAAUGAGAGAUAAGGAUAUACCCAAGACUACUUUUAGAUCAAGAUACAAGCAUUUUGAGCUUAAAGUUAUGCCUUUUGGGUUAGCUAAUUCCCUUGUAGCCUUUAUGGAUUUGAUGAAUCGGGAGGGACGAGUUGUUGCUUAUGAAUCUCAUCAGUUGAAAGAUCAUGAGAAGAAUUAUCCUACGUAUGAUUUAGAAUUGGCAGUAGUAGUGUUUGCUCUUAAGAUUUGGCAACAUUAUUUGUAUGGAGAACUUUGUAAAGUCUACACUGAUCAUAAGAGUUUGAAAUAUCUAUUUGCUCAGAAGAACCUCAGAAUGAGGCACAGGAGAUGGUUAGAGUUGAUUAGCGAUUAUCAGUGCAAGAUCAAGUAUCAUCCAGGGAAAGUGAAUCUAGUUGCAGAUGUGUUGAGUCGGAAGUCUCAUUUUGGUGGAUGA